GGCGGGACUUCCGCUUCAGCGUACCCGGAAGACUCGGAUGCAAAUUUUACAGCUUGACCGUGCAUCCAUAUGCUCGCUUCUUUAAACGUUUUAAUGUGAUUUAGGCGUUUUUCUAUACUGUAGUAUUUGCAACCAUGUUGUCUUUAGACUUUCUCGACGAUGUCCGUCGCAUGAAUAAGCGGCAGCUUUAUUACCAGGUGCUGAACUUUGGUAUGAUUGUCUCCUCUGCGCUGAUGAUCUGGAAAGGACUGAUGGUGGUCACCGGCAGUGAGAGCCCUAUUGUUGUUGUUCUCAGUGGGAGUAUGGAGCCAGCUUUCCACAGAGGAGACCUCCUGUUUCUGACCAACCGCGUAGAGGAUCCCAUCAGAGUCGGAGAGAUUGUUGUCUUCAGGAUAGAAGGCAGAGAGAUCCCAAUAGUACACAGAGUACUAAAGAUCCACGAAAAGGAAAAUGGAGACAUUAAGUUCUUGACCAAAGGAGACAACAACGCAGUGGACGACAGAGGACUGUACAAGCAGGGUCAACACUGGCUGGAGAAAAAAGACGUGGUGGGACGAGCUCGGGGGUUUGUGCCAUACAUUGGAAUUGUCACCAUUCUCAUGAACGAUUACCCCAAAUUCAAAUAUGCUGUUCUCUUCAUGCUGGGUCUCUUCGUGUUGGUCCAUCGGGAGUGAGGUACCCAAGCUUCAGCACUCAAGAAGGAUAAACGUCCAGGAAACCUCAGUCAUGCCUUUCAAAAAAAGAAUUAAGUUACACUUUGUCAAAACCCAACUGGCUUUUUGUACCAUUUGUUUGAACAUUUUGUAGAAACGUGGAUAGGGUGUUUACAUUUGAAAAAUCCAAGCUUUAAAAAAAUAUUUUUGUGAGGAAACCAGGUUAGGUUUAGUUUCAAGUCGAUCUUUAUUUGUAAUCUACAGAAUGUGAAACUGCAUUCUUAAGAGGAGUUCAGUCUUGUUUAUUUCCUGUUAAGUCAUUGUCUUUGAAAAAGAUAUGUGAAGUAUUUUAUGAAUAUGAAUGAUAUUAAAUAUUAAAUCUGGUUACCAUUCACCAUG